UGUUGAUAAGCAAAUAAAUUUUUAUUCAUUUUUUCACUAUAAAACAUCGCAUCUUAACUUUAAAACAAUCACAAGUUAUAGCAAAGAUGUUUCGUCUAGUAAUUGCCUUAAGUGUUUUGUGUCUUGCAUCAUCAGUUUUAGCAGCAUCUGAUAGAAUUGUUAAUGGCAGAACAGCAAGUAUUGAUCAGUUUUUCUGGCAAGUUUCACUCCAGCAAUAUGAAGAACAUCUUUGUGGAGGAAGUAUUAUAUCAUCGAAAUUUGUCUUAACCGCGGCUCAUUGUACGUUUGGCAUAAUAAACAGGAAACAAGAGGAUACUUGUCAAAUUCGAGCUGGUUCAUCAAAUUGGAGUUUUGGUGGUAUUGUAAAAAAAGUUAAAUGGAUGAAACUUCAUCCAGCUUAUGAUUCUAGAACAAUGGUUUAUGAUGCCUCAUUAGUUGAAGUAGUAACAGAUUUUGUAUGGAGCGCUAAUAUUAAACCAGUAUCACUUUGUUCGAAUUUAUUGUAUGAUAAUACACUAGUUGAUGUAAGCGGAUGGGGAAGAUUGGACCAAAAUAAUAAAGAUCUUCCAAAACAAUUGUUAGCGGUAACUCUGAAAUUCUUGAAUCCUACCACAUGUGCGGCUCCACCAUACACUUAUAAAUCAACAUCUGUUCAGAAAUCAAUGGUUUGUGCGUAUGCACCUAAUCAAGAUGCAUGCCAAGGAGAUUCGGGAGGUCCUCUUGUCUGUGCUGGUCAGGCAAAGCAAGUUGGAAUUGUGUCAUGGGGAUCCGGUUGUGCUCAGACAGGAAAGCCUGGUGUUUAUUGUGAUCUUUCUGUACCAAAUGUUCAAAGAUUUAUUGUUCAAUAUUGUCCGGCUGUAAAAUAUAUAAAUUGUUAAAGA